GGUCCUGGCCAGCUCUGCUACCACGGAGCUACAGCUCUCGGAGACAAGCAAGGGUUUCUUUCUGCAGGAAAAAGAGGGAGGUUUGAAAAAAGACCAGCCACAAUGACGGACAGAAGCCCCUUCGAAACGGACAUGCUCACCCUCACCCGCUAUGUGAUGGAAAAGGGGCGGCAGGCGAAGGGGACAGGGGAGCUCACGCAGCUGCUGAACUCCAUGCUGACGGCCAUCAAGGCCAUCUCCUCGGCCGUGCGCAAGGCCGGCCUGGCCAACCUGUAUGGGAUUGCGGGAAGUGUGAACGUGACAGGGGACGAGGUGAAGAAACUGGAUGUGUUGUCCAACUCCCUGGUGAUCAACAUGCUCCAGUCCUCCUACAGCACCUGUGUGCUGGUCUCAGAAGAGAAUAAAGAGGCGAUAAUCACCCCCAAGGACAAGAGGGGGAAGUAUGUGGUCUGCUUUGACCCCCUGGAUGGAUCUUCCAACAUCGACUGUCUGGCCUCCAUUGGCACCAUAUUUGCCAUCUACAGGAAGACCUCGGAGGAGGAGCCUUCAGAAAAGGAUGCCCUGCAGCCGGGCCGCCACAUCGUGGCCGCGGGCUAUGCCCUCUACGGCAGUGCCACCCUGGUGGCUCUUUCCACUGGGCAAGGAGUGGACCUCUUCAUGCUUGACCCAGCUCUUGGUGAAUUUGUUCUGGUAGAAAAAGAGGUCAAAAUUAAAAAGAAAGGAAAUAUUUACAGCCUCAAUGAGGGCUACGCCAAGUAUUUUGAUGCUGCCACCACGGAAUAUGUGCAGAAAAAGAAAGGCAUUGGGGACUUUAUGUGGCUGUUAAUACAGCCCAAACCAUCCAUUAAGCGUGCCCGCCAUCCAGGGAGAGCUUCUAAGGCAGAAAUGGGCACAUUGUUAAAGAAUUUCCGGAUCAAGUGUAAAGUCUGGCCUAAAGACAGCGGGACGCCCUAUGGGGCCAGGUAUGUGGGCUCCAUGGUGGCCGAUGUGCACCGCACCCUGGUCUAUGGAGGGAUUUUCCUAUACCCAGCGAACCAGAAAAACCCUAAGGGCAAGCUCCGGCUCCUGUACGAGUGCAAUCCUGUGGCCUUCAUCAUUGAGCAGGCGGGGGGCUUGGCGACCACAGGUACCCAGCCGGUGCUGGACGUGAAGCCCGAGGCCAUUCACCAACGAGUCCCCCUUAUUCUGGGGUCCCCGGAUGAUGUGCAGGAAUAUCUCACCUGCGUACAGAGAAGCCAGGCAGGCAAGUAGUGAGUUUGACCCUGCAAGCCCUCUUCUUUUCGUCUUGUCCUCUGCAUUAAGAACCCUAAAUGACUCAUAGGCAGAAACAGCGGUGAUGAGUCACAACAGGCCAGUCCACCCAACCACAAACAGAAAAGCAGCAUCAACCUGCUCAGGACAGGUCUAGAGGCCAGAGGAGACUCUGACCUCAGUGCACAUGGCUAAGAAUAAAGAUCCACAUGUGAAAAGAA